UAUUCUCUUGUAAUGCGCCUAUGCUUUUUCAACCUGCGAUGGUUGGCCCUGAACAAAUACUUUCUGUGCUCAUGCCUUUUCAACCUGUGAUAGUUAAUUCUAAACCAAUGCUCAUACCCAUACUUUUCUUACUGGCAUUGUUUG